AUGCCUCCAUUCCGGCUCAGCAAUAGAUAUUUUUUGGUUAGAGCUGGGGAGUCAGAAUAUGAGAGCUUGGGGGUGAUUAACACGAAUCCAGUCGCUAAAACUUCAGUGGAUAAUGGCUUAUCAAACCAAGGUAAGAAGCAAACAAUCAAAUCUGCUUUAGCUCUAAAAGCAAUGGGAGCUUGUGAAGGAAAUUGUUGGAUAUGGCCUUCGAUUACCCAAAGGGCUUACCAGGCUGCUGAGAUUAUAGCUGCGGUUAACGGGAUCGGUAGAAGCCACAUUGUACCAGAAUAUAGCUUUUUGGAUGCUCGCGGAUUGGGAGCAUAUGAAGGCAAGAACUUGGAUUCUGUUUCCGAGGUUUAUGAACAAGAUAGUCUUUCUCCCAACAUCAAGCCGCCACCUAUUGAUGAUGGAACGCCUAAUGAGAGUGUCUCGGAUGUAUUUGUUCGCGUGACACAACUCAUGUCAAUUCUGGAAACUCAAUACUCAGAGGACACAGUCAUCAUUGUUUCUCCAGAUUCCGACAACUUGUCUAUCCUACAAGCUGGUUUGGUCGGGCUUGAUCUCCGGAGGCAUAAAGAUCUUUACUUUGGUCCAGGGGAAGUGAGAUUCAUAGAUACAACUAGUAUACCUACAUACAAGCAGCCUGCUUCUGCUAUAUACAAGUGUUUAAAUCCUCCAAGUUGUACUUGA